AUGGAUUCGGGCAACGAUCCGAUCAAAUUGUUGAAAAGAUCGAGCAAAUCGUUGCUCGUGGACAAAGAAGGGGCGAACGAACGAAAGAACACAACGACAACGUCCGAGGAGGAGGAAGCUGUCGCGACGAGAAAAAUGGAGAAAAAGGAGGAAACGAGGAACGCGAAGAAGAGGGGGAGGAAGCGUUUAGGCAGGGAGAGGAAGGAGGCGAAUUUGGAGGUGAAAACGGUAGAAUCGGAGGAGACGAUGGUGGAUCCAUCGUUGGAGGAGAAGUUUUUGGUUUCGAUUUUGGAAGAGAGCGGCGUGCUGAGGGCCAACUCGAAGGAACUUUUAAGCAUUCAGAUGAACGUGUUGAGAAAAUCUCACCCAUCUAAAGACCGUAUCUCGGAGAAAGAGCAGGAGGACGACGAAAAUCUCACGAAGGCCGAUUCGAAGGAGAAAAUUACCGAUUCCCACCACGAGGAGAAGGAGAAGGAUGAGGCGAGCAAGGAGGCGAGCAAGGAGGACGAAACGGUGGUGAAAAUCGAAGCCACUUGUACGGACGUAACGCGUUCGAAGGAUUUGGAGAACAACGAUCCGAAGGAAAAGGAGGAGAAGGUUGCGUCGUCCCCAGACGUGAACACAGCGUUGAAGAACAGCAACGCGACCGAAUCCACCAUCUUCUUGAGUCGAUCUCCGACGACCAGUCACGGUAAACAAGAGGACGACUUGAACGCCAUAAUUCGACGGAUGAUAAUGAUGGAGUUGAAGAGGCACAGGAAGAAGGAGACGGUGUUGAAGAGGGCUCACUCGGACACGGAGAGCACGCUGGCGAGGAAGAAGCGAAGCGAGGACAGCAGAACAGGUCUGUUCGGCGGCAAAGGCCAAACGUUUUUCCGAGAUUUGCUGGAGCUCGAGGAAAGCCUUCGUAAGCGGAGCGACAACGAAUCGGAUUACCAAUUGACCGACAAGGUCGAGAUCGAUCGGCCGAUCGCGAAACUCGAGAAUAGCGGCGAGCGAGAACAAAAUCGGUCGAGGAACGAUAUCGACGUGACCACGAUCGAUCCUGCCCGCUACUCUCUAAACUCGAUAGGAACCGCUUACAAGUCGGACUCGAAUAUCGAGCUCGAGAGGAAAGUGAACGCGUCUUGUCUCAAGGAUGCGGAGGGAAAACGAUCGAUCAGGCACAGAAAAGUUACCGUGAUCAAUCAGCAAAAUCAGGCGAACAAAUCGACACAGACAGAAUACGUGUAUGUAAUUCGAGCAGUGAGAAGUUGCCCCCUUCGAAAGAAACGCGUCUCGAUGCAGUUCCACAUAAAUCAACUAGCAUCGAAUUCCGACGCGAUUUAUUCGAAAACAGUUUUCGCGAGUCUGGAUCUCUCGACAUUCAUCUUCCGGAAAGCUUCGGAUAAUCUCAUCUACGAGAAGGGUAAAGGCAGUCGCAGCCCUAGCUACAUACCCACCCCGGAGAGGCAUCGAUGGAAAUACAUAACGCCUAGUAAAAACAAGUGA